AUGCCAAUCUAUCGUCUCCUCCGUCGCGAUCCCACUGAGAUUGAGAACGAGAGUGACAACCAACAAAGACAGUCUGACAACCCAAGGGCAAGAGUCAUAAUCAUCCUGUGCAGCAUAAUUGCCGCGCUGCUCUGUCUCAACGGGCUUCUUUUUCUUUACUUCUCCCGGAGAUCUGGAUCACAUAAUAGCAGCUGUCGGUCAUCCUAUGCGCAUCUUGAACGCAACCUCUCGAUCCAAAUCUACCAGUCCACCCCGUACGUCUCCGACAACCUCAGCUCCGUCGCCCACCUCUGGGAGUCCCUCAGCGGCGACCCGGGCGUCGUUGCUCUCCCGCAGGCCUUCGUAUCGGAAACGCAUCUGCCGCGUGCCAUGCGUUUCCCAUGGGACCAUGACAAAGGCGUGUAUCUGCUGCAGGGGUUUCACAAUCUGCACUGCUUACGAACCCUCUUCCGAUACGCCUGGACCUCAGAACAACGCCUCCCCCAACGUAUCGCCUUCAGCCACAUCCUGCACUGCCUGGACCAGCUGCGCCAGGACGUCCUCUGUAAUGCGGACGACACGCCGCGAUACGCAGGCUUCCAGAGCCCGCCGGGGACAGGGGCGGGCCAGGUGCGACUAUGCAGGGACUGGGAGCAGCUGGAGCGAUGGGCGGUGGAACGAAGCGCGUGCUUUCGCCACGAGGACGAGACGCCGGGGAGGUUGGUUGAUCGGUUUAAGUUCUGUCCGGGGGGCGAGGGGCUCUGGUCUACGCGCGGGGACGCGGAUUGA